AUGAGAAGUUUUCAUAUUCGAGAGACAGAAAAGUUACCUGAAGAAAAAGAUCGAAGGUCCAAAAUUUGCCGGUUUUUAAAAAAUAUAUAUCCCGUUGCAGCAUGCAUUCAGACUAUCAGUUUUUCCCAAAACGAGGAUAUCACCAUAGCCAAAAGCUCUCAGAAGCCAUUGAAAGCAAUGGUUAUAGCUGAUACACAUAUUCUUGGUAGCAGAGAAGGACAUUGGUUUGAUAAGAUAAGAAGAGAGUGGCAAAUGCAAAGAAUAUUUCAAACCAGUAUGUCGAUUCAUAGUCCAGAUGUUGUUUUUGUUUUAGGUGAUUUGUUUGAUGAGGGCAAAUGGUGCUCCGAUAAAGAAUUUCAGUAUCAUGUGGACCGAUUCCGCAGAAUGUUCAGACAUUCCAAAGAUGUUGCUUUCCAUGUGGUAGUUGGAAAUCAUGAUGUAGGUUUCCAUUAUGAUAUGACUGUCCAUAAGCAUGAUCGUUUCCAGAAGGCCUUUAAUGCUCCGUCUGUUCGGAUGCAACAAAUCAGUGAUUCUGUGUUUGUGUUUAUUAAUUCCAUGGCUAUGGAAGGUGACAACUGUAAUUUGUGUGCUGAUGCUGUAAGGAGGAUGAACAAAAUCUCACAGACUCUCAAAUGUUGGCAGGGAGCUGAAGAAUAUUCUCGUGAAAAUUGUAAAGAUAUUGAACUAUCACCUUAUUCCCGCCCAGUUAUACUUCAGCAUUUCCCAAUGUACCGAUCAUCUGAUAUCAACUGUAGCACCCCAGAUGCUGCACCUGAGCCUAGAAAAUCUGUCCCUUUUCGGGAAAAUUUUGACUGCUUGUCAAGAAGGUCAACGAAAAAGAUUUUUAAAUUGCUCAAUCCACGUUUGAUUUUAUCAGGCCAUACUCAUCAUGGCUGCUAUAAAGUACAUGAAAAUGGGACACCAGAGUGGACGGUUUCAUCACUGAGCUGGAGAAACAAAGUGUCUCCAACAUUCCUUCUGGUUGUGAUAACAAGCAAUAAUUUUGCUGUUCAUCAAUGUGAAGCCCCCAAUGAACGGACUGUAAUCUAUAUGUAUAUAAUUGGUGCCGUGUUGUCCUUUUUUUCAUUGUUUUUGCCCAGAACUGGUACACGCCGAAUGGCUGGCUGGUCAGUGUCAGUCAACAAGAAAAGCUAG